AUGGCGUCCGCAAACCAAUGCAGAACGGUGCGCAUCAUCAUCAUCAUCAUUUGGUCUCUGCAACUGUCUGGUUCAGUCUUGCUGGAGUAUUUUCUGCAACAGGACGGCGUGAUUCUGCAGGGAAAGUGCCACAGUGCUGACUCGGAGAGUCGGCGAGGCGAAGCGCAGCAUGUAACCACCGUUCUUCCACUCCUCUACUCAUCCGAGAGUUCCCCCUCUCUCCAAGGAAGCAUGUGUCGCCCUCGUCCCGUCUUUCUUCUUCUCUUUCUCGCCUUUUGUUCACCUCCCUUCUUCUCCCCCCCUGCGGCGUGCUCACGGUUAUGUCCCCGCCGGUGCCUUUGUUACGAACACACCGACUUGGUGGACUGCCGUGACCGUGGGCUCGAACACGUUCCCAGGGGGCUCCCGCGCGGCACGUGGCUGCUGGAGCUGGGAGGAAACAAUCUGAGUGAAAUUUGCACCAGAGUCUUCACCGGGCUGCGGUCCUUACGGGUGCUCGCGCUGGCCGACAGCCGGAUACGGGCCCUUCGACCACAGGCAUUCUUCUCAUUGUCCUACCUGGAGAAGCUGGAUCUCAGCGGGAACCGGCUAACAAGUCUCCCCGCUGACUUUUCUGUGAGUCUGUCUGCUCUCAGGGAGCUGCGACUGGAGCACAACAACUUACAUCGUCUGUCUGCAUUCAGCUUUGAGCAUCUGGACAACAUUGAGAAACUGGACCUCAGUCAUAACCAUCUGGUGCUAGUGGGCCCCGGUGUGUUCAGGGGCCUUUCGAGGCUCAGGCAGCUCGACAUGCACAGCAACAGGCUGUCUACGGUGCAGCAAGGGAGCCUCGAUAUGCUGCCUGCACUGGAGGUGCUGCAGCUGAGUCACAACAACAUUUCUCAGAUAGACACGAAGGCUCUGGCUCCUCUCUACAGCCUGGCAGUUCUCGCUCUGGAGGGAAACAACCUGCGUCACUUGAAAUUCAAAACCUUCCUCAGUCUGCACACAACAGCGACGCACAUCCGGCUUGCAGGGAACCCUUGGAGCUGCGACUGCGAGCUGCACCGCGUCUUCAGCAAGAUCCUUCACGUUCGCCAUCUACACGUCGACGACUACCGCAACGUGACCUGUCGCCAGCCGCCGCAGCUGGCCGGGGCUUCGCUGGCUCGGGUAGACAGCCAGCUGUGCGUCGCGGAAACCGCCACAGUGCUCGUCAUCACCGUCACCGCGCUGGUCACGGUGGCGGCGGCCGUGGUAAUGGCAGAACGGAACAGGAAGAGGAACCGUGGCAAAAACUGGGACACUGAAUCCCAGAACCACACCAACGGUCCGCCAUCUUGAGAGCAGAGAGCGUUAGGGGCCAGACGCCAGAUCGGGCUGACAACGGACGUGUUUUCCUGUCCCUCUGCUUUUCCGUGCUCCCACGCUGUAGAAUGGAAGUGAUGUAUGUCGAUAUGCAAAAGCAGUACCACCCUAGUGACAAGCCGUCGGUUCAUUCUCUUAGCCACGUGUCCUAAUCGGGGUCUCGGGUCAGUUGGCGCCUGUUCCGGCUGGCUUCGGAGAAAGGCGGGCUACUGCUAAAAACUGUACUGUACAUCCGAUAUCCAUCACUGCUCCGUUGUACUUUGUGAAGCCUCUUAAAGCCGAUAGUCUACACCUCAAACACAUCUUUGUUUUGUUUUCCUGUUGUACAGUAAGGGAAAAGUAUUAAAACCUUAUCCAUCCACCCAUCGGUUUUCCGUGCGGCUUGUUCUCAUUGGGGUUGCGGGUGAGCAGCUGACCCUGGGGCGGACGCAGGGCUACAUGCUGCGCCCUGGACUUUCUUCUUCUCACUACACUGUUUACCUGAUGUAUCAAACUGGAUAUUUACACAGAAGUAUAGACCGCAGAAAGUCAGGAGGAAAUUUAAAAAGAUGAGAAAGUGACAAUCAUGAAGAAAUAAAGUAUCUGAUUCAGAAACGUUCUCUUUAAUAAUAUGGAUUAUCUUAGCAGUAAGAGUGGAAAAACAAGUUUGAAAAAAACCAAGUGCGAGUUCCGUAAAGCAUCACCUGGUUUGAAUGCUUGCAUAGUACUGCACUUACUGCACUGUAUGUAAAUGUAUGACUUUGAGGAAAGUCAGGAAAAAUUGUCGAAACAAAAUGAUUCU